GUAGCACACAACUUUUUUGCAGCUCUAAAGUUUUCUACUCUUCCAUGACCCUACUGUUGAAUAAUUCAUAUGCACCUCCUCUCCUUUCUUUCUCCGGUAGAAAGCUUUCUAAAAAAAAGACAACAUAUCCAUGGGAGUCCUUUACCUCUUCUUUGGUUGUGUUGUUGUCUUGUCAAUUUGUCGGUUUUGUUUUGGACUCUCUCAAUGUUCUUUUGGCAGUUUGUGAUUUUCCCAACUUUAAUCAACUUUUCAUCAUCUAUGAGUAAUGGCAUUUUCAACGUCGAUGGCGAUAUAUGGAAGUAUCAACGACAAGUUGCUAGCCACGAAUUCAAUACUAAAUCGCUACGAAAAUUCGUUGAAUCUGUAGUUGAUGUCGAGCACGGCUAUUUAGUUUCCUUCUCCAAGCUUGAGAUGGUGGUGCAGCACUAUCAAAAUCAAACUGCAGCAAGCAAAUACAAGCGAGAUCAUAACACUAUAAAAGAAUUGAACAUCACAAAAGUGAAAUAUCCCAGUGGAGGCAAAAAGCACUAGAUGAUUUAUUCUCCCUCUUCAAUCCUUUGUGGACACCACAAUUACCCAAAA